AUGUUGGGCAUCUGGGCAUUUUUGAUGCUUUUGAUGGCAGGUCUUCUGGUUCAGCACUAUGUGAAACAGCUCCGGUUAUACAGAUGCUACCCUCCUGGACCUUUCCCGCUUCCGAUCAUUGGAGGAAUCUGGAGAACUGGGAUCCGACUGGCUCCAGACCUUCUCAUUAAGCUGGCUAAGCAAUAUGGGAACAUUUACACUGUGUGGAUAGGCCGUGCGCCCAUCGUGGUACUGUCUGGAUACCAAACAGUGAAAGAAGGUCUGAUCAAUCAUUCAGAAGGUUUGUCUGGGAGACCAGUGACCCCUCUGCUUAAGGAAACAUUUAAAAAGAAGGGUAUUGUACUUGCCAAUGGGCUCACCUGGAAACAGCAGAGGCGUUUUGGCGUAGCUACUAUGCGUGCUCUAGGACUGGGGAAAAAAGGCAUGGAGCACCAGAUUGAAGAGGAGGCCCUCCAGCUGGUAGAAAUCUUUGCAAAAACAAAAGGGCAACCGUUUGAUCCUUUACUAGCGCUUACUAAUGCUGUUUCCAGUCUGAUAUGUGUCUUGGCUUUUGGAUACCGGUUUUCCCUUGAAGAUGAAGAAUUCCAGAAGCUGGUGGCGGCUGUUGAUUAUCUGCUAAAAUUUGGAGGCAGCUUCGUCCAUGGUAUCAGUGAAAUCUUCCCAUGGCUGAUGAAAAAACUGCCAGGGCCUCAACAGAAGGCCUUGUGCUCCGCAGAGCUGGUGCUUGCUUUCACUAGGAGAGAGAUUGAGAAACAUAAGGAGCGACACUCCCUGCAUGAACCCCAGGAUUUCAUUGAUUUCUAUCUCCUUCAAAUAGAGAAGGUUAAUAAGGAUGACCCCACCUCUACGUACGACGAAGAUAAUCUGGCUGAAUGUAUUUGUGACCUGUUUAUCGCAGGAACAGAAACCACUGCAACAUCUCUGCAGUGGGCACUGGUGGUCAUGUUGGCUUAUCCAGAUAUCCAAGGAAAGGUCUACAAGGAAAUUGAAGAUGUUUUGGGUUCCUCUCACUCAAUCUGCUUUGAAGAUAGAAAGAGGCUGCCCUUCACCCAUGCCGUGAUUCAUGAGGUCUUGCGUGCAAAGUUUAUGUUACCCGUUGGGAUCCCCAGACGGAGUGUAAAGGAUGUGAACAUGCAUGGUGUCACUAUUCCCAAGAGGACCAUUGUUAUCCCAGAUCUGUGUUCUGUUCUCCUUGAUCCCAAGCAAUGGGAGACACCUGGGGAGUUCAACCCAAAGCACUUUCUGGACAAAGAAGGAAAUUUUAUGUCUAGAGAAGAAUUUCUGCCCUUCGGAGCAGGAGCUAGGAUGUGUUUGGGGGAACAGAUGGCGAAGAUGGAACUCUUCCUUUUCUUUACCAACUUGGUGAGGACUUUCAGAUUCCAGCUGCCGGAAGGAGUCCAAGAACUCAAUCAAGAACCCGCAAUGGGGUUGACAUUUCAUCCCCAUCCGUUUAAGCUGUGUGCUAUUCCCCGUUGA